UAUUAUUUAUUUAGUCUAUCAUUAGGUAUUAUAUUGUUUAUUCUGAAAUUAUUAAAUAGCCUAAUCUACGUUGUGGACCCUGUCCAAAAAAAUAUUGCCGGAGUCUCUUGCAGCGAGAAAAAACGUAUUUAUUGUUGAGGAAAUGAAGGUUUCUGAUAGGAAUAUAGACCGCGAAGGAGAUAAUUACACAUCUCGGUCCUCUUGUAUAUUUCGUGGAAUUGAAUAUGUGGUCUCGGCCAAUACGACUAACAAUGGACGAACAUUGGUUAUUGAGGUUGAAGAUAAACUAACUGCUGAUCAAUGGAGAGGAAAAUUCGAUUCAACAUAUAUUGAAGAUCUGACCAGAAAAACAGGGAAUUUCAAACAAUUUCCUGUAUUUGUUUCCAUGCUUGAAAGUGCUUUAGAAAAGAACAGUGAUUCUGUUGUGCUUGAUCUUUUGACAUAUUCUGACCUGGAACUGUUGCGAAAUCGUAAAGUUGGAACCACAGCAAAACCUCUUCCAAACGCUCAAACACUUGCUCAACAAAAUAAAAGAUAUCUUAUUCUUAUAUACUCUGUAGAAUUUGAUAGGAUACAUUAUCCUCUGCCUCUUCCUUAUCAAGGAAAACCAGAUCCAGUACAUUUACAAAAUCUUGUUCGCCAAUUAAAUGACGAAAUCAGAAAAUUAAAAACAGCACAGAUGGGAUUGCAAGAUGAAGACUAUGAACAGCUAAAGGAAGAGUAUGAAAUAACUUUACAAGAGAAAAAUCAGUUGGAGAUGGACCUUGAAAAUUUGAAACUACAAGUGAAAGAUAGUACAAAUGUUGCUGUUUCUAAAGAGGUGCGGAUUUUGAAAAAAGUUGUUCAGAAUUUGGAACUUGAAAUGGUAAAGGAGAAGAAUCGUUAUCAACGACAAAUGACAAAGAAAACUGCUGAAGUGAAGCGUCUAACAUGUGAUUUACAAGACGUUCAAGCAAAAGAAAGAACUUUACAAAUAAGAGUGAAGAGUUUGACAAAUGAGUUAGCGAUGUAUAAAAGAACGAGAACUCCCUUGGUUUCUGGAAAAACAACGAAUAGUGCCAGUCGUCAUUCAAGGGGCAUCUCACGCCUUGCAGACCGAUCAUCAUCAUCGUUCAAUAGAUCUGGUUCAAGAUUAAGGUCACAGUCUCGAGACAGGUCUCAGUCUCGCUCAGUACUGCGUGAAAGGUCAUUAUCAAGAGAGAGAAGUUUAUCAAGAAAUCGAAGUAGGACACCAACACCUCGUUUCGACCCAACUUCGUAUAUUAAAGAACAGAAAAGGAAACAAAAAGAAUCUCAAGAAAAACAGAAGCGGAAAAUCAUGCAUAAUUUCACUCCUGGUUCUGGAGAGUCACAUAGAGGUAGAGCAAGAGCAAGACAAAACGCUAUUGCUAUUUCAAGGCGUUCAUCUUCAAGAGAUAGAAAUUUAGGUUCUAUAUUACGAGAUAGGAGUUCAUCCAUUGAAAGCAGAAGAUCGUCAAAUGGGUCGAUAACAAGAUCAAGACAAAGGUGCAUGGUUGCAUGGGAUGAAACGCCUGAACGUGAUGAUCCAAGACCUAUGCGAAAAAGAUCUAGUACACCUGACCCAAAAAGAUACAACACUGCUAGAUCUACCAGGGAAGAGCAAGAAUAUGACGAUAAUAUGGCAGAGAUUGAUGCCAGACUUAUUGCAUUGCAACAAUACAUGCAGGACCUAGGUGCAGUCAAAUCAUAAUCAUAAUACUUUGAGUCGCAAUAUAGGAAUUUAUUCAAUAUUUCCUUUUUAAGUUGUUCUUCAAAAUCUAUAAAAUAUGAACUAUGAAAAAUAGUCUUGUUUAUUUUAUUAAAUCUUCUGGAUGCAUUGACAACAAAUAACCGAAUGAAUUGAAUUUAAGCAGUUGCAAUGUUGCCUUCUGGACAACAAAGAGUUGAGUGUUGUCGACAAAACGUACCUGAAAAUAAGCUGCAGGAAUUACAUAAACAACUUAUGUUAAAAAAUACUCCCCUAUCGGCCGAAUGUGCCCAUUUUGUGUAGGCCAAAAGUUCAUGAAGUUUGUUUUAAUGCCCUCCCUCUUGUAUGCAGGGAAACGAAUAUAAAAAUUUGUGUCUAAGAAAAGUUGUGUUGUUUUGUGAAUGAUUUUUAAUUUUGAUAUUUGGUGUGUGGAUAAUGUCCAUGCACUAGUUUUUACUUAACGUUUGUGUGUCUUUAAUAUAAACCGAUGCUAUUUUUAUAAUAAAUAUCGACUAGCUCAA